AUACAACAUCUGAUAAUUGGGAAGAUCAACUAUACAACUGGGAACAAAUGUUGGCGGAAGAAGAAACUGCGAUACUAGAAGAUGAAGAGGCGGAACGUGAGAAUGAGAAUAACAAAUAUAAAAUGAGUAGUGAUUUGUUGAGCAAUUAUACGCAUCCCGCAAUAGAUCAUAAAGCAAAAUGGAAACUGAGAGAUCUAUUUG